AUGGAGAACAUCACAGACAAGGAGAUCGAGAAUGCUGAGGUCGAUGCUGGUGCUCAGUCCUCUCAGUGGGAUAAUGAGAAGCCCAGGCACUCUACAGAGAGACCGGGGACAUCAGGAACGACUGGAUCCUCAGGGUCUAGUAGCUCUGUGGAAUACAACCCACAGUUUCACAGACUCCAGUCGCGAAACACAGAGGUGGAUCUGGAGCGCAAUCGAUCGGUUGUUUCGAGAUCCUUGAGCCGUAUCGAAACACAACGUCUUCAGCAUCAACUUACUGUUGGUGAGAGUGUGAAGUCACGAGCCUCGAAAACCCCUCUACCGGCGUUCGGCGCGGGGAAGCCUUACCCACCUCCUCUACCUGAUCGCGACGACUAUGUUGUAGAAUUUGAUGGGCCAGAUGACCCUUUAUAUCCUAAAAACUGGCCUACUAAGACCAAGGUUUACAUCACUGCCAUGCUUGCCUUUACGAGUAUUUGUUCUACCUUCGACUCUGCUAUCUUCAGCGCUUCGACAGACAACGUUGCCUCACACUUCCACGUUGGGACUGAGGUCUCACUUCUAUCCAGUACUUUAUACAUUAUGGGUUAUGCGUCUGGUCCUUUGAUCUGGGCACCCUUAUCAGAGUUAAAGGGACGUCGCCCCGGUAUUGUCGCCGCUAUGUUAGGAUUUGGUAUUUUCAACACCGCUGUGGCAGUAUCCAAGGAUAUCCAAACACUCAUGAUCUGUCGAUUCUUCAGUGGUAUCUUUGGAAGUUCGCCAUUGGCAGUUGUUGCUGCAGUCUUCUCUGAUAUCUACGACAACCGCACUCGUGGUGUUGCUAUUGCUUUCUUCUCCGGCACUGUUUUCUUGGGGCCUCUCAUCGCUCCUUUCAUCGGUGGCUACAUUAAUAUGUCUUACUUGGGCUGGCGCUGGACAGCCUAUAUUCCUGCAUUUAUGGGCUAUGCCGCAUUUGUGAUGAACCUUUUCUUCUUGAAGGAGUCUUACCCACCUGUUGUCUUAGUUGAUAAGGCUUCCGAACUCCGACGUCGCACUAAGAACUGGGGAAUUCACGCAAAGCAGGAAGAAAUCGAAGUCGACUUCAGAGAACUGGUCGUUAACAACUUUUCGCGUCCCCUGCGCCUUCUCUUCCAGGAGCCACUCAUUUUGGCCGUCACCAUCUACUUGAGUUUCAUUUACGGUUUACUUUACUGCUUUUUGACCGCAUACACCAUUGUUUUCGAAGGCGUGUACGGUUUCAACGCUGGAGAAAGCGGCCUGCCUCUAUUCGGCUUGGUCGUUGGUCUAUUUAUCGCCGCUUCAUACAUCGUAUAUUCCAGCAAGGGUUACAACCGCAAGUUGGAUGCCCAUGGAGGCAUCCCUGUUCCUGAAUGGCGUCUUCCCCCUGUCAUGGUUGGAGGUGCUCUCUUCGCUGCUGGUCUGUUCUGGUUUGGAUGGUCUGGAUACACUGGCAAGGUCCAUUGGAUCGUCCCUACCCUGAGUGGUCUUUUCACCGGCUUCGGUCUUCUCAUUAUUUUCAUUCAACUGUUCAAUUACCUCAUCGACACAUACCUCAUGUUUGCUGCCUCAGCUAUUGCUGCAAAUACAUUCUGCCGUUCCAUGGUGGCGGCAAGCUUUCCACUCUUUUCAAGCCAAAUGUUCGACAACAUGGGUAUUCAGUGGGCAUCUACUCUCCUUGGAUGUCUCGCAGCCGUUCUUGUUCCCAUUCCUGUCAUUUUCUAUUUCUAUGGUAAGAAUUUGAGAAUGAAGAGCAAGUUUGCUCCAUACUUUGAGCCUGCCCAGGAGGCUGCCUCUGGUGAGCAGGAAGGGGAGGAAGAAUAUGAAGCUGCUGAAUAA